GCCUGUCGAUGUGGAGCAGCUCCAGAGUUAGAGACGCAGCCCAGAGACCCGUGGUGAGCUCGUUGCGCCGCUCUUAGUUCCCAUCAUCCUCUUCCUCCUCCUCUUCCUCUCGCGGCUCGUGGGAACCGGCUCCGCCAUGUUUCCUUCCUCCUUCCUCCUCCUCUUCCUCGCUGUCCUGCUUCCUGCCUGCCAGCCGGAGUCGCAGCGCGUCGACCCGAGCGUCGAGCCGGACCCGCGGACGGCGCUGCCCUCGUCGGCCGCCGCCUCGCUGGCGCCGUCGCUGCCAUACGGGAACAGCUCCGCCUCUGGCGGUCCGGAUAAGUGCAACAAGCAGACGGUUUGCAACGAGGGCAUCCUGCUGCCGGUGUGGAAGCCCCAGCAGCCGGGCCGCGGGUACCAGGUGGCCCGCGCCGUCGUCUACUUCGUCUCCCUGAUGUACAUGUUCCUGGGAGUGUCCAUCAUCGCAGACCGCUUCAUGGCGUCCAUCGAGGUCAUCACCUCUCAGGAGAAGGAGGUGACCAUCACCAUGCCCAACGGGGAAACGUCCGUGGCGACGGUUCGCAUCUGGAACGAAACCGUCUCCAACCUGACGCUCAUGGCUCUGGGCUCCAGCGCUCCGGAGAUCCUGCUGUCGGUGAUCGAGGUGUGCGGUCACAACUUCGAGGCCGGCCAGCUGGGACCGGGGACCAUCGUCGGCAGCGCCGCCUUCAACAUGUUCGUGAUCAUCGGGAUCUGCGUGUGGGUCAUCCCCAACGGCCAGUCACGCAAAAUCAAACACCUCAGGGUGUUCUUCAUCACCGCCUUCUGGAGCAUCUUCGCCUACAUCUGGCUCUACCUCAUCCUGGCUGUCAUGUCGCCAAGCGUCGUGGAGGUCUGGGAAGCUCUGGUGACGCUGCUCUUCUUCCCCGUCUGUGUCCUCCUGGCUUGGAUCGCCGAUCGCCGUCUGCUCUUCUACAAAUACAUGGGCAAGCGUUACCGUGCCGACAAGCGCCACGGCAUCGUCGUGGAAACCGAGGGGGACCUGACCCCCACCAAAGGCGGCAUGGAGAUGAUCACUGACGGCAAGCUGCCGCAGGGAAGCGCCGUGGUUCCUGCUGAGAACGGCGGGGACGGAGCGGCGGGCGCCACGGCGAACAACAUCGGCGCCGCGGCAGUCGCCAGGGGCAACCUGCCCAACUCCAACAGCGCCACGGUGAACGUGGAGAGCGGCAGGGAGCUGGACGAGAGCCGCAAGGAGGUGAUUCGCAUCCUGAAGGAGCUGAAGCAGAAAUAUCCCGACAAAGAGCUGGACCAGCUGGUGGAGCUGGCCAAUUACUACGCGCUGCUGCACCAGCAGAAGAGCCGCGCCUUCUACCGCAUACAGGCGACCCGGAUGAUGAUCGGAGCCGGAAACGUCCUGAAGAGGCACGCCGCCGACAACGCGCGGCGCGUGGUGGUGGCCGACGAAGAGGAGGCUGAGGAAGACGACCUGGCCGUCUGCAGCCACAUCUCCUUCGAGACGUCCCACAGUCAGUGCAUGGAGAACUGCGGCGUUCUCACGCUGGCCGUGGUCUGCCAAGGCGGUUUGGAGGAGAACACUUUCUAUGUGGAUUACAGAACCGAAGACGGUUCAGCCAACGCCGGGUCCGACUACGACUACAGCGAGGGAACGCUGGUGUUCAAACCCGGAGACACUCGGAAAGAGAUCAAGGUUGGCAUCAUCGACGACGACAUUUUCGAAGAAGACGAACACUUCUUCGUCCGAUUGCUCAACCUGAGAGUCGGCGACGCCGAGGGGAUGUUCGAAAGCGACGAGGCGGGCAGCGCGCCCAAAGCCCGGCUGGUCGAGCCCCUGGUCGCCACGGUGACCAUCCUGGACGACGACCACGCCGGCAUCUUCACGUUCGGCGAGCGCCUGGUGCGCGUGAGCGAGAGCGUGGGCACCAUGGAGGUGACGGUGGUGCGAAACUCGGGCGCCAGAGGCACCGUGGUUCUGCCGUACCACACCGAGUCGGGCAGCGCCAUGGCGGGGGAGGACUACGAGGAGGCGCGCGGGGAGCUGGAGUUCACCAACGACCAAACCACUCAGACCCUCCAGGUGAGGAUAAUCGAUGAUGAAGAGUAUGAAAAACAUGAAAACUUCUUCAUCGUUCUGGAGGAGCCGCGCUGGCUGAAGAGAGGAAUCUCAGCUCUGCUGCUUAACCAAGAGGCGGCGGAGGGGCAGCUGAGCGCCGAGGAGGAGGAGGCCCGGCGGAUCGCUGAGAUGGGGAAGCCCAUCCUGGGGGAGCACAGCCGCCUGGAGGUCGUCAUCGAGGAGUCCUACGAGUUCAAGAGCACCGUGGACAAGCUGAUCAAGAAGACCAACCUGGCGCUGGUCAUCGGCACUCACUCCUGGAGGGAGCAGUUUGUGGAGGCGGUCACCGUCAGCGCAGGUGAUGGAGACGAUGAGGAGGAGGGGCGAGAGGAGCGGCUCCCGUCCUGCUACGACUACGUCAUGCACUUCCUCACCGUCUUCUGGAAGGUUCUGUUCGCCUGCGUCCCGCCCACAGAGUACUGGAACGGCUGGGCCUGCUUCAUCGUGUCCAUCAGCGUCAUCGGAUUCCUCACCGCCAUCAUCGGCGACCUGGCGUCGCACUUCGGCUGCACCGUGGGGCUGCAGGACUCCGUGACCGCCGUGGUGUUCGUGGCUCUGGGAACCUCCAUCCCAGACACCUUCGCCAGCAAAGUGGCCGCCAUCCAGGACCAGCACGCCGACGCGUCUGUGGGCAACGUCACCGGCAGCAACGCCGUCAACGUCUUCCUGGGGAUCGGCGUGGCGUGGUCGGUGGCCGCCAUCUACUGGGCCAUCAAGGGGAAGCAGUUCAAGGUGGACCCGGGUUCGCUGGCCUUCUCCGUCACACUCUUCACCAUCUUCGCGUUCAUCUGCAUGGCGGUGCUGCUGUUCCGGCGCCGGCCCUCCAUCGGCGGCGAGCUGGGCGGCCCCAGGGCGUCGCGCCUCCUCACCACCAUGCUCUUCCUCGGCCUGUGGCUGCUCUACAUCUUCUUCUCCAGCCUGGAGGCCUACUGCCACAUCAAGGGCUUCUAAUUUCAGGAGAGCGCAGAGGCCGGUCUAACGCGACUCGACGACAGACACGUGUUCAUAUGUAAACAGAUCAUUGGAGGAGAAACUGAGCAGGUAUUAAAGUGAGCUGGGCCGUGACGUCACGCCCGGGCGGGUUCACUGCUGGUCUAAAAGAUGAAACAUAUUCCCUCCCGUCUGCAGCGACUUUCAUGUUUUUACGCCGAGGAGGUGGAGAAAAAAAGAGUCAAAUGUUUACAAAACGCUAAAAUCACACGUGUUUACUACAGCAGGCCCUCCACGUGCGCUGUAAAUAGACCGGACGCUGAAAACGUUUCAGAGGAGGAAAAAGAGUCCCAAAAUGUGAUUAAUUAGCA